AUGCGGGCAGACGACAAUCCCAGCGCAAGAUCCCUGCAUGCUCAAUUUCCUGGCGAUGAUACUCGGCCUACCAGCAAGAAGGAACUUGCUGGAUGGUAUAGCUAUGGCUGGGCAGCAGAGGUCUUUACUGUGUGCGCUAUGGGCUCGUUUCUCCCCAUCACUUUGGAGCAAAUGGCCCGAGAUCGCGGAGUUCUACUAUCCGAUAAAGUGACACCGUGUAGUGCUUCUUGGAACGGAACAGAAACCACAGCACGAACUCACGGGAUCUCACCGCCAUGGUAUGGCAUAAAUGCAACACCGGGGACUAGCCAAUGCGUUGUUUACAUACUCGGCGCCGAAAUCAAUACUGCUAGCUUUGCCAUGUAUACCUUUUCGGUAAGUGUCUUCGUUCAGGCUGUCUUGAUCAUCUCCAUGUCAGGGGCAGCGGAUCAUGGAAGUUUUCGCAAGACACUUCUAGUGGCGUUUGCUGUCAUUGGCUCGGUUUGUACAAUGCUAUUUCUGUCCGUGGUUCCCAAGAUCUACAUCGUUGGAGCGUUAUUUGCGAUCGUUGCGAAUACUUGUUUUGGAGCUUCUUUUGUUCUUUUGAAUUCGUUUCUGCCGCUCCUCGUACGCCAUCAUCCUUCUCUACUUGGACAUGAAAACGAACGUUCGCCUGAGCUAAAUCACUCCCACAUCACGGACGAUCGUGUCCAAUUUGCGGCAAAUGCAGACUAUGGUAUCGAUGCUGAUGCAACUUCACCGCUACUGCAACCCGUUCAAGGAGACAGUGACGAGCAUACAACCAGUAGGCUGCCAGUGACUUCCGUGGUAAUCUCCGAAGAGUUGAAGUUAUCCACAAGGAUAUCUUCUCUCGGCAUCGGCAUUGGCUAUAUUGGGGCCGUGAUUUUACAGAUCAUCUGCAUACUAGUCAUCAUCGCCACUCGUCAAACCACUUUCUCCCUACGCCUCGUUUUAUUCUUGAUUGGAUUGUGGUGGUUUGUGUUCACCAUCCCAGCCGCGCUUUGGCUGCGACCUCGUCCAGGUCCACCAUUACCCAAAGCUCCACAAGGCAAGGACAAUCGAUCGUGCGUCGGGUACAUGGUCUAUGCUUGGAAAUCGCUUUGUCGGACCGCUGUGCGAACCCGACACCUCAAGGAUAUUUUAUUGUUUUUGACAGCUUGGUUCCUUCUUAGUGAUGGGAUUGCCACCGUCAGCGGGACGGCUGUACUCUUCGCAAAGACGCAACUCAAUAUGAAGCCAGCAGCUCUGGGUUUGAUUAACGUGGUUACCAUGAUGGCUGGUGUCUUUGGGGCAUUUUCGUGGAGUUUCGUGUCGCGAAGAUUAAAUCUUGGGGCCUCGCAAACGAUAAUCGCGUGCAUUCUUCUGUUCGAGUUGAUUCCUAUUUACGGGCUUCUGGGGUUUGUCCCAGCCAUCAGAAAACUUGGUUACUUGGGUCUUCAGCAACCGUGGGAGAUGUUUCCUUUGGGGAUUGUGUACGGGCUUGUCAUGGGCGGACUAUCCUCGUACUGUCGCAGCUUCUUCGGCGAGUUGAUACCGCCUGGUAACGAGGCAGCAUUUUAUGCUCUUUACGCAAUCACCGACAAAGGGUCGAGCAUCUUUGGACCGGCAAUUGUCGGUCUUAUCACUGAUCGUUACGGCGAAAUUCGCCCUGCGUUUGUGUUUCUCGCAGUUUUGAUAUUCCUCCCACUGCCACUAAUGUUACUUGUGGAUGUUGGUCGAGGCAAGAAAGAUGCGCUCGCCCUUGCUGUGGAGCUCGAGGAAGGACAGUCCUCGAACACUCAGACCUACGGAACUCUUUCAAAUUGUGAGAGAAAUGCAGUUCCAACUGAUCAAUAA